GUUCUGCCAAGACUGUCUAGUCAGGUGAGGUCAAGCGCGGGGGCUGGACUAGAGGUUCGAGGUGGGGCUAUGUCGUCAUAAAAACCCCAGAUGUGCCUUUACACGGCAAAACGAAAACGGGGUUCUCAAAAACCUCCACCCUAGAAGCAGUUUUCAAAACCCAUCGUUUUCAGCCGCCAAAACGGCGUCGUCGUGUAAACGAAAGGCCUUACUGAUGAAAAAAAACACAGUUUUUGAAAAAAACGUUGUCGUGUAAACAGCACCUGAGACACAUGGUCCUGUUUGAAGGGAGGGGACUAACAGCAGACACAGUGACAGAGUUGAAAUGAAGAUGGAACUACUCACCAGCAACAUCUGCUGUUACUGUACAUGACACAGCACAGACACAACAUGGCCAACACAUAGCCUACUGUACGCUCUGCCUGUGAAAUAUAUUCGUCACGUCCCACGCAGGUACAUUUUAGUGGCACACAGGUACUUUUUUCUGUGUGCUCCUCGGUGGCUCCUCCUACUUACGGUAAUGCAGCUGAGCUGACCUACAGUAAGAGUUAUCACUUGGGAGGGUAAUUUCCCAUCCGCUGUGGAACAGAUCAACCUGCAGAAAUGGACAACAGUACUGACAUCACAGUGGCGGACAUUGUGGGAACAACAGAUCAAGCACCAGGAGGCGGGGAUAACAGCUACUCAGAGGAGCGUGAAGCGGUGAGGAUUGUGCUGGUGGGGAAGACCGGUGUAGGAAAGAGCGCUUCAGCAAACACCAUCCUGGGGAGGGAAGAGUUUGACUCAGAGAUCAACCCGUCCUCUGUGACGGCACAAUGCGCUAAGAAACGAGCCGAGGUGGACGGCAGAGAGCUGUGUGUGAUCGACACUCCAGGCCUGUUCGACACAAACUACAGUAAAGCUGAAAUCAUAACAGAGAUUGGAAAGUGUGUUUGUCUGGCCUCUCCUGGACCCCACGUCUUUCUGGUGACCAUCCAGCUGGGCAGGUUCACGGAGGAGGAACAAGAAACCGUCGAGUUAAUUAAGAAGAUCUUUGGGAGGGAAUCAGCCAAUUACACAAUGGUACUCUUCUCUCAUGGAGACAAAUUGAAGAGAAGAACGAUUGAAGAAUUUAUAAGUCUGAGUGAAGAACUGGCAAACUUCACAGCUCAGUGCCGUGGAGGAUACCAUGUCUUUAACAACGAGGACCUAGAGAAUCACACUCAAGUCACAGAGCUGCUGCAGAAGAUCGAUAAGAUGGUGGCUGCGAAUGAAGGAUGCUACUACACCAAUGAGAUGUUCCAGCUGGCGGAAGCAGAGAUUGAGAAAGAGAAAGAGAGGAUCCUAAGGGAGAGUGAUCAGCCGAGAGACAGCGAGAUUGUGGCGCUGGAGAAAGAGCUCGAGGAGAAAGACAUGUUGCAUAAAGCUUUGGAAGACGAGAGAAAAGAGCGUGAAGAGAAAGGGGGAACAAAAAGGAAAAGUGCCAAAAAGGAAAAUGGCAAAACGAAAAAGAAAAGUGCUAGUGAGAAAGAGAAGAGUGCUAGACAGAAAGCAGAGUUUAACAAUCCCUUUGUGCAGCAGUGCUCUCGUUAUGGGGCACACCUAGGGGGAGUCUGUGGCUGCUUGAUAGGCAUGGUGUUGGGGCCACCGGGUAUGAUAAUAGGGGCGCUCAUUGGAGCAGGCAGAGGAGCUGGGAUCGGAGCAGGAAUAGGGGCCGGAAUUGAAGGCGGUCCUGGGACAGAUGUGGUUAAAUGUGUCAUCCAGUGAGGGAUUGAAACUGUAAACAGCUCUCAUCGCUGGGAAAGUCCUCUCCGUUGGAUGGAUUGGUGGAGACGAUGAAUUAAAAGGAUGAACGUCAUGCUGGUUUGGCGAGCUAAAUAAUGGACACCUUAUGCAUCAGUCGAGACUCUGUCUUUUUGGAUCCAAGGGCUGCUACAGUUUCUUAUCUGUCAAACCUGAUGUGACACAAUGACAAUUUCAACACAAGUGUUAUUUGAUUGACCCUUGAUUCCCUGUGUUGUGUGUAGUAGGGAUGCGAACAUGCUGCAUCCUACCUCCUGCACCUGUCUACAGGUGCGUGGUUACAGGUGUCUGAUUAGUUGGAGUCCUCAUUGACUCAUGGACAUACAUGUAGUAUCUGGACGUUCUGAAUCAAGCCUUAUCAACAGGUUGUAAACAUAAAUAAUGAAUAGAAUGUGCAAAACUGAUGAAAUAUAUGUUCAACAAAAUGGGUUAACCAUUUUAUAUGACCAUACAACAAUGACGGUGCAUAAACAGUGUAAUAGAACACUAAGAACUGUUCUAAUCAAUAAUAGAUGGAUACUGGUACUGGUAACUGGACAAUUAGACACUAUAUCUCAUGAAUGUGUAAAAGCAUUGGGGACUUGUUUUUUUUUUUUUUAAGUAUAUUUUUUGGCCUUUUUGCCUUUAAUGUUAUAGUACAGUGAAGAGUAGACAGGAAACAAGUGGGAGAGAGAGAUGGGGUGGGAUCGGGACAUGACCGCAGGCCGGAUUCGAACCUGGGUCCCCGUGGGCACUCGGACAGGUAUAUGGUACGAGCGCUGUAGCCUGCUGCGCCACAGCACCCCCCAGGGGACUUGUUUUUAUGUGCUCAACUGACUACAUGGUUUAGAGUUUGAGUAAGUCAUUUUGAGAAUUUUCAUUUUGAUCUCUGAAAUGAACCAGAAAAACUGUGAAAACCGGGCAAGUGAAGGUGAAAGGGUAGCAGACAUUUUUGUCCAAAGCAACUUACAGUAUGUUAUAUCUGAACCCAAGGCCUAACAAAAACGUACCAGAGUGGUAUAGCUCACCACUCCCUGCAGUGCUCCCCAGUAAACUCCACACAAUGUUCUGUUGUUGUUCGAGGGGCAGACUGCCCCCACUUGAGUUGUUUCCCGUUCACUGAGCCAAAGCUGUAGGCUGGGUAAACCCUGCCUGAUCUGCCAACAAUUUGGAUUUCGCUCUGCAGCUCAGGCUGGAAACCUACACAUCUAUCUCUCCUGCUUCCUGUCCAGGUCUGCUGGGUUCAAUAACAAACUGGAUUGGUCACGCCUCUUGUGCAGUAGGAAUAAAGCGCAGACUCCCCAGACUAAUCUUAAAAGAUUGAGCUUAGUAUGGUGAUAGGCGGACUACCAAAGCUGUGUAAGAAAACAGUUUUGUACUCAGAAUGGAGAACUAGCUAAGCCAUAUUUGACCGAAACUGACCUACUUUUAGGGCCACUUGUUGAAAAUCAUGUGAUUUGUACGCUCCAAAGUGUCUGCAGAAUGGCUGAGUUGAGCUGAACUGAUGCAAUCUGUGUUAAUGGAAUGUGGAUAAACCAGAGAGGGUUAAAGCCCCAAAAGAAUGAUUCAACAGUGUCAUGCAUGAUUAUAGACAAUAAUACUGGAAACACAAAGGUGUUUAUCUGCUCGUAUUACUUGUUAAGAGAGAAUGUUUAUUUAGUGAGGUAAGGUACACUCCCAAUUUUGCAGAUCGGAACCAUCCCAUUUUGCUCCAAUAGUAACAAAUGGUGUUGCUCUAUCUUGUAAUCAGGGAUUUUUGGUUAAAGUUGUACUGUAUGCCUUCCCCAAACUGUGCAUGCCAUUUCAUACACAUUUUUUUUGUUUUCCUAUUUCUGUAAGUUCACUGUAAGUUCCCCCUUUUUCGAGAUUUUUUAAAGAAAGUGAGGUAAAAGUCCAGAAUCCAGAAUGGAUGUGGAAGAAGGCCAGAGAUGCGGGAUCCACAACGUUGAAAUAAAUCAGAAAAUCAGUUUUAUGCUCGGACAGAAAGACACACGCACGUGCACAGUCCACCGUGGCUCGUCCUGAUGUUUCUGGACAGAGUAGUAGGCCUAUUUGACAGGCACAUUUUCUUGAUUUGUCUUUGAUCCUCUUUGUACUGUAAGGCUGUGUGGAAUUCUCUUUACAUUUUAGGUCAUGUUUGUCAUAUCACAUGUAAAAUGUUCAAAAUAUAGACCUUUUCCAUAAGAUUAGAUAUUAAAACAAUCUCUUGAUUCAAUUUACAGCAAAAGAGCCAUAUGAUAACGCUGUCUUGUUCCCAGGAUAUGACAUGAUCAUGAUGUUGGUCAUGUUGUCCAUCCCUGGUCAGACGUGUUGCGUCCU